CGGAUGAGGUCACCGCUACGUAAUAAUAAUCGCCCCUCGCAGCUGUCUGCGCGCGAUCCCCCGUCUCGCUCACUCGCGCGGCGCGAGAGCGGGACCGCGGCGUCCACCCGACCGCGUGCCUGUCGGUCGGAUGACGCCGCCAGUUGGUCCCCGAACCAUGUCCGGGUCGCACGUCCGACGGUCGGACCGCGCUGUCCUUAACGAACAAAGCAUUCUCUCAGAAUUCCUGAAGUUAUACAGAGCAUUCCCAUGUCUUUGGGACCAAAGGCACAUGCACUAUGCUAAUAGAGAAAUAAGAGACAGUGCGUAUGAAGAGCUCUUAGAAAAGUUUAAGUUGUACCAAGCGGAUGGCACGGUGGUUGACGUUAAGAAGAAAAUUGAACAUAUGCGGUGUGCAUACCGACGCGAACGAAAAAAGGUGCUUAUGAGUAAAUUUCGCGGAGGUAAUUACAAACCACAUCUCUGGUACUAUAAUCUUCUGAGAUUUCUGAACGAGGAAGAAGAACAAGACGAAGACAAUGACCAACAGGAGUUCAAAAACGAAUACGAAGAUAGUUUUCAGGAAACAACACAGAUUGUAGACUCAGAUGAAGAGGAAACUAAACCAAAACGAUCGAAAAUAACACACAAUUCUUCCAACAACAUGUAUGUUGAGCAAUUUCACAACGAAGAGGAAUACCUCGAACCUGAAAUACUGGAACAGGAUCAGGAUAACAUAGUGCUACCUCAAUCCUACAUAAUCAACAACGAAGCAGAAGCGUUCGGACGAACCAUCGGCUUCCAACUCAAGGAGCUAACAAAUAUGCAAAGGAUUUUAGCGGAGAAACUAAUUUCUGACGUCAUAUUUCAAGCUAGACUAGACAAAUUAACUGUAGAUACUACGAUAGCAUCUGAUGAUUGAUUUAAUUGUUUACUUUAAGUACAUUUAAUAAUAAAAACGAUAAAAAAAA